AUGCCUUCCUCCAUGAUUAAGACUACCCUCUUCGCUGCCGUGCUAGCCAUGGCCUCUGCCACCUCCGCGCACAUGUUCAUUGAAAACCCUGUUCCCUUUAUCGGGGUUGCAAAGGACCCAUUGCUAGAGAGUGGCGCGAACUUUCCGUGCCAGGUCGGCUCUGGUGGUGCCUACAAAAUCGACAAGAUGAACAAGUGGGCCGUCGGUUCUGACGUCACCGUCUCGUUCCCCAAGGACCAUACAGCUACUCACGGUGGUGGAUCCUGCCAGAUCUCCGUCACUAAGGACAAGGAGCCUACACCUGCAUCUAAGUGGAAGGUCAUCCACUCCAUUGAGGGUGGCUGCCCUUCAACUGGCUCUGCAAAUUCCGGUCUACAUGGCACAUUCGGCUUCAAGGUCCCCGCUGCACUCCCUGAAGGCCAGCUGACCAUGGCUUGGACUUGGUUCAACAAGCGCGGCAACCGCGAGAUGUACAUGAACUGUGCUCCCAUCAAGGUCUCCGGCGGUACAGGCGACGGCUUCGAUUCGCUUCCAGACAUGGCUAUCGCAAACAUCGAAGUACCAGGCGCAUGCAAGGCAAAGACAACCGAAGGAUCGGACUACACCUUCGCUAACUCUGGCGAUUCUGUCGCCAAACUCGGUACGGGCCCGUUCUUGGAACUCUGCGGCGGUGCUGCUUCUGAGGGUGGUAACACUAGUGGUUCCGCUCCCUCUGGCUCUGCUGAUCCUGCUCCGGCCACUCCCGACGCUCCUAAGGAACCAGCGACAACCGCCGCUCCUGCUACACCUACAGCCCCUUCCACUGGCGGUUCUACCGGUGGCGGCUCUGCCUGCUCUGAGAACGGUGCAAUUAUGUGCAACGGGGACUCCCAGUUCGGUAUCUGCUCCAACGGCGAGGUUGUCUGGCAGCCUGUUGCCUCUGGCACCAAGUGCUCGAACGGCCAAAUUGCUCGCCGCGACUUCACUCAUCGUCACCAGCGCACUGCUAUCUAA